ACGUCAUACCUUUAACUAUUAAUUCUUACUUCAGAAAAAAUUUCGCAAGAUGUCGGACGAGAAGAAAGAUUAUAGAAAUGAAGCACCCCCACAGUAUCAGCCACCCCAGGGGUAUGGAUACCCUCCCCAGUACCCCCCUCAGCAGGUUGCAGACCACCCAGGGUUUCCCCCUGGGGGAUACACCAGCACCAACACAGUCCUUGUGGCACCAGGACCAAUGACAAUGAAUGAACCUCCACCCCCGGACUACAUGAACAGGGCAAUAUUUGUGACAAUCUGUUGUUUCUGGCCCACUGGGAUAUUUGCUAUUAUGAAGGCCAGUGAGUCGCGGAGUGCAUAUGCUAGAGGAGACAUCCUGUCUGCUCGGUCUAAUGCUAACUCUGCUCGUCAGCUGUCCAACAUCUCCAUAAUGGCCGGAGUAGCCUCUGUCCUGGUGGCCAUCAUUAUUGUGGGAGUUUAUGUGGGGCUGGUCCUCAGAAGUUAUUCUUAAACUGGCUCCCUGUCCCAGCUUCAAGAUUGACAGCAUAGUGAUACAUAUAAAUAAGGUUUCACCAUAAAUAUUUUAAACUCAAAUUCUUAAGCUGAUUUUAGACAUUUUGAGAAAAACUUUAAUUUCAAUGUAACACAGAAAAAAAAAAUAAUCAAAAUAUUUUAUGUCAUCUAAAUAUUUUAUAUGGGCAUAUUUAUUCAGCUUUGCUAGUCUAGUUGCAGGGAAGUAUUAUUCAUAUAUUUUAAUGAUUUUCUUUUUUAUUCAGUUUGUGUAAAUUUUUUGUUUGGGGGGUAUUUAACAAAUGAAAAUUUCUAGUUCAGUGCUAUGAAAUUUUCUAGUGUCUUGCCAGUAUUUUAUAUAAUGCAGUUACAAAGUAAAAAGUUGUGAUUUAUCUUGAAUAUAAAUUAUCAGAUAAAAUUAACAAUUCACUUUCAAUUUUAUUAAUUGAGUUGAUGAUAAAACUGUUAAAAAAAAAUUAACAUCAACCUCACAGUUAUGUUUGUUCUGUUAUAAAUUGUUAUUAACAGUUAGUGAUUUUGGAUGGUUUACGCAAUCUCUGUCAUAAUUGUACAUAUUUUACUAUGAUAUUCGUGUAUGGUUGUAUUUGUUACUAUUUUAUUUGGUAUUUAUGACUAUUUCUCUUGUCUAUUCAAAGAAAUAAACAGUAUCAGAGAUUGUAUAUUACUGUAGAAGCAGAAAUUUUGUUGGGUUACUUAAUACCAAAGACAUAUUUCAUUGGAUCUUGAUCUUAAAGUUUCAUAGUACAUCUAUAUCUGAUUGCUAAUGAGUAAUAAGUAUUGAUUAUACAUGUAUACUAUUCCAGAGAAAAUUUCAUCAGAUAUUUUAUUUCAUGAAAUAGCAGAUUUUUCCCCCACUGUUUGCAUUUACAGCAUUACCCAAAAGGAAUGAAAUAGAUUUUUAAAUUUAAGCAUAUCAAUGUUUUUUUUUUCCCUAAAAUUUAUUUUAAAUCUCAGUUCAUGUAUGUAUCUAGACAUUUUCCCCAUGACUCUAUGGUGUUUUACUCAUGACAAACUAGAAUAAUUGACUUAUUUGUGAAAAUUCAGUAUUGAUAUAAAUGAACAUAUUUUAUCAAAAUGCUGUAAAAAAAAUUGUUGAUGUGUUUUUUUGGCAAAGAAAAUUCAUUGAGAUUAAUAACAAAAUUGAUUAUAUUAAGACAUAUUUUAGUGUCAGGUAUUUAUUUUCAUUGUAUAUUACAAAUUUUUUGUUAUAUAUAUACAGUGUUAAUCUACUAUAUUAUUGUUAAACAUGCAUACUGAUGACUAAUCCUUUGACACUACACAUUCCUCUGUUCACACAUUUAUGGUGAAUCUGAAUAUUGAAUACUUGAUUCAACAAUAAUUAUGUGUAAUCUUUAUUUCUUUUAAAAACUAUGAUGUCUUAUGUUGAAAAAAAAUGUUAUAUUUGUUAAAUCAUUUUAUAAAAUUUACAGUUGACCAAGAUAUAAGCUCUUUUUGAAGUACAUGUGUAAUGUUGUAGUUGUUGUUAAAAUAAACAGCCAGAAAAAAAUG